AAUUAGAAGAAAAAAAAACAGCGAAAAAGCUCAUUCCGUCUAUUUGUAAACCGGGUGGCAUACAAGUUGAAGUUUUGCUGCACGGACUACAAACCCUGUGCUCAUUUUGCAUCACUGGCAGAAGUUCUUGGCGCUCUUCAGAAUGAACGUUCUUUACGCAUUUCUGAUGUGCUUCUCUGUAGGUAUGUUAAAGUUUAAUGUUAAGGGAGCAUUUUCUGGAGAAAACUCAGGAUCUUUUUUUAAUCAAUAACAUUGGUCAACGUUUUACUUGUACGAAGCUGUGAAGAACAUACUCAAAGAUAUUAAAUAAAAUUUUCCCCGUCGCUUUUCACAUUGUUAUUUGUCUUUUUUUUGGCUAAUUCGCCUUGAGAGCUCGAUAAUUCAGGUUCUGAGAUAGUGUUUCGAAUAAUAAUAAUAAUAGUAAUAAUAAUAUAAGUCUUUACUUUUUUCAUAGUUAUUUGUUUUUUUUUUGGUUAAUUCGCCUUGAGAGCUCGAUAAUUCAGGUUCUGAGAUAGUGUUUUGACUAAUAAUAAUAAUAAUAUAAGUCUUUAUUGCCAAAAGAUAAAAGUACAUAUCUUUUAUUACAUCCUAGUUGCCCAUACACUCAAUAAAAAUCUACCCUAAAAAUUAAACUAGUUAAACUACAAAGAAGUAAAAGAUCGUUAAUAGAAACGGGAGAAGAAAAACAGCGGUGCUUGUGACAGCGAUCCAUGAAAAAAAGCUGCAUAAUAUUCAAAUCUGAUCCAACCGCUCCACACAGAAAGGCAAUAUGUAAAAUUCGGUAGAACUAAGUACUUAAAUAAAUGGUCUAUCUCUACUUGAGAGUAUUGCUCAAUUCUAAGAGACCUCAAACAGCUGUUUGCUUUGUCUAAUUUCAGUCUUAGAUGUUCACUGAACUUGCAGUUACUUUGAAGGGUAACACCUACGGUAACGACAGACUAUCACACUGCGGAAUAUUGCAAAUCAUUUGCUCAUAUAUAAUUCGUGUUAUUAUUCUUCUUCCUAACAACGAGUUCCUUGCAUUUGCUAGGGUUACAAAUCAUGUUCUCUCUAGACCAAUUUAUAUUUGAAUCUCUAUUUUAUCAAGAUUUUACCCCAGCGAAGUUGCUAUUGAAAUAAUCCUUGUUUCUAAUUAGAGGAACUAUUUGUUAGAUUGAUUCUGACUAUAAAUAUUGCAGUACGGACGACUGGCAUGAAAUGAUUACUAAUCAAACGUACGGAUAUUCUACCUUUGGGGAUUUCACCUUACACCUUACAGCCGGUAAAAAAAGAAUGUGGUUAACAAACUGAACCUAGCUCUUAAAGAGAAAUUUGUUCUUAAUUAUUGGUGCCUCAUUGGAUUUUGAGACCGUUCAUUUUUAUGUGGGGAGGGGUGGGGGGGGAACCGUGGGAUUUUAGAAUUUUUUGGGUGUCUCCUCUGUCUCAUAAGAUGACAUUCUUAAUUAGGUGCCACGACACGUUAACCAUAGUUUUUAAGGCUAGAUAUUUAUAUUGACACGAUGCCAAGAUAUCUACUUUAGGAGGAUUGUAUGAAGUAAGAAAUUCGACAAACGUUCUGCGGAGAUCAAACAACCUUAUUGUUAACUGCGUUAAGAGAACAACUCACAGUUUACGUACAUUUAGGUACCCAUAUACAACAAUGUGGGAUGGACUCCCAGAGGACCUGAAGUCUGUUAAAUUCAUCUUCUCGUAGUUCUGUAUUUUUUCUUUUGAUUUUUUCCCUAGUUAUUUUCUUUUUUUAAGGAUUAUUAUAAUUAUUAUUAUUAAAAACUGAAUCAUCGGAUAGUGCAAUUCUAGAGCUCUGAUUGGCUUAGCCCUCACGGUAUAUGAGCCAUGCUCUCCAAAUACAGUGUACGCCUCUGCUCAAAAUUAAAAACAAGUUGAAAAUCGGUUGUUUCUACAAAUAAAGUCGGAAGGAAUUCUCGAUACUUUGUGGGAGUUUUUAGGAAAACAAUUAUUCCAUUCCCGCUUGUUAGACAUGAGAUGAUUAUAGCCAACUCGAAUGACCACUCCGCUCCAUUCCGUUGCCCCCAAAGAGGAAAAAUUCCUUCUGGCAGCCAGGAUAGGUAAGGAGCGACUUUCAAAUGCAAAAUUUUAGACCUUUUUACCGAUACGGCGGUCAUAUUGAAUUAAUUUGAUUUAACGAGUAUCAUAGGAUGCCCAGGAGGCAUGAGCACCUUUCGUUUGUAUUUUCGAGCGCUUUUCUGAGCACUUUUUCUUAAAGUUUUCUUAGAAUAAGAGUGUAAUGGGAAAAAAGAUCGUUUUGCCGUUUUUGGAUGUAAUAAUGAUCGCCUUUUUCCCGAGAAAGAUACAGUGAAUGAUUAUUACAUCCAAACACGGCACAACGAUAUUUUUUCCCAUUACAUUCUUGUUCUAAGAAAACUUCAAGAAAAAAUGUCCCGAAAGGCGCUGGUACAAACAAACAAAAUGUGCUCAUGCCCCCUGGGCAUCCUAUAAUACUCCUUAAAUCGAAUUAAUUCAAUAUGGCCGCCGUAACGGU